GAGUUUAUAAAAUUCAACAGCAUUGACAAAGAGUUCUUUUUUACAUUUUAAACCACGUUAUACUUUAAAUAGCCUAACUUGGUAAUAUGAUACAGGUUCUUUAUAAAAAGAUGUGCUACGCAAUACACAAUCACAUGACCGGAUAUCGUCUGACGUUGGUAACUAAGAUUGAAUUUCAAUUUUUAACGACAGAAAAUAUCAAUAGCGACACAAAUGGCUUCCAAUAUGGAGGGUUCAAUCCAUAGAGGAUGUGACUUUAUUUUUGACUUUAAUUGUUUCACCUGUCAGGAAAAUGAUAGAAACACAGAGGCUGGAUUUUACUGUGAGGAAUGUUCUAAAUUUUACUGUAGCAAAUGUGUGGAGUAUCAUAAUUAUCUUUACAAGAAGCAUGCAAUUUUGAACAAAGAAAACAUCAGCCUAUGGCCUAAGACUGAUGUGGUUGAACAAGACAAAUGUAAGGAGCACCAGAAAGAAAAACUGACCAUAUUCUGUGAGGACCACAGUGAGCUGAUAUGUCAUGUCUGCCAUGUCCACAAUCAUCAGAAAUGCAGUCAUUUGGUACUUAUAUCUGACAAAGUGAAACAGCUGCAUCAAAAAGGAUACUUCACACAGUUGUCAGCAACUAUUGAUACACAACACCAGCAGUUGAUACGUAAGAAAGAUGACUUAGAGGAGAAUAUUAAGUCUCUUGAGAAAUCGUACAAAACAAUUCUGGAAGAAAUCAAUGCUUUACGAAAGACAAUUAAUGAUUCUUUGGAUCAACUGGAGAAAUACACUAAGAAGGAGUUGGAUACAUUUCUGGUCACAAUGAGAACAUCAAUUCAAACUGACAUUGAAAAUUGCACUCAGUCCAUCAAAAAUAUUACAUGCUUGCAUGAAGAUUUGAUGAAAACAAAAGACAAAGGUGAAGCACUUAGUUUCAUCAAGUACAGAAAAUGUAUUGACCAGUCCCUUAUGGUAGAAUCAGUUUUACUAGAUAUGACAACAAAGACUGAAAUGACUCUUACCUUUAAACCUGCUGAAGUCGUCCAACAAACCCUGUCCACUCUCUCAGGAUUGGGACAAAUACUAAGAACAGUGGAACAAUCACACCCUGCUAAAAGGACAACACAGAACACGGAUAGCAGACAGAAUAAACCUAAAGAAACCAGCCGGUCUGACUCUGGAAACCAAACAACUACAGGAUUGAAGAUAAACAAAUCCUACCCAGAAUCCAGAACAUCUAGAAGUUAUAGCCCUGGAAACCAAACAAGUGAUCUGACCAAGUCAGGCCAGGUGUCUAAUCUAGUAUCAAGUUCAUCACAACAGCCGGUCCAGGUACAUCAACCAGGGGCAGUAAGCAAGCCUGAUCAAAUAAUCAAAGUGAAGAGUAGUAAGAAGUACAAUGUGAAGAUUAAGGGUUAUACAAACAUAUGCUAUAUAACAGGUAUCUGUGAGACAGCUUCUGGAGCUCUCCUCAUCACAGACUAUUUUAACAAGAGUGUAAAGCUCCUGGAUCAGACCUACAAGGUGGUGGCCCACUUUGACUUGCCUAGCACACCACGGUCCAUGUGCAGCAUUGACUCAAGUCUGGUGGCUGUUACUGUGUAUAACAAAGAGGUCCACUUCAUCAGAGUGACCAAUGAUCAGUUGAUAAAGGACAGGAUACUGAAGCUCCAACAUGAUUGCUUUAGUAUUGCCCAUCAGCAUGGUAACCUGUACAUACCAGAUGGUAGUGCUCUGUAUCUCUAUAAUCUGGAUGGAAAACUGGUGAGGGAGGUGUAUAAGGAUACAUCAAGCGAAAAUAAAGUUAACUCCUGUGCAGUGAGUCCAGAUGGAGACAGGAUAUAUGUGACCCACUAUAAACAGCUGGUCACACUGUCCAGGGAUGGCACAGUGAUCUCCACCCUGACUGUUCCUGACCUGAGCUCCCCUAUAGUUGAACUACCUGGCCUACAUGUGACUGAUUCAGGACAAGUUCUGGUGUGUGGAUACUAUUCUGGCACAAUUGUCCAGGUGGACAAGGAUGGGAGAAAGAUACUGGCAGAGGUGGUGACAAAGAAUGAUGGUGUAUUUCGCCCUAUGUCUGUCUACUACAGUGGGCGCACAGACUCAAUAAUAGUGGGAAUGGGGGGACAAACUGACAUAAGAGUGUUUAAGGCACAGUGACUGUUGGAGUAGGAAUAUGGUAAUUUAUAAUUAUUUAUAUAUUCAUGUCAACAGUUGUGAUCUAAAACAGUGUUACAGUUUUGUAAACACUGUAUAUAAGACAAAGUGACUGUUGGAAUAGGAUAUGCUCAAUAUUCCCUGUAUGAAAAAAUUACAAAUAUCCCAUGAAUCAUGUCUACCACAUUGUUAUCAGUGAGAAAUUUAAAUUUAAAAAUGUUCAAAUGUUAUUAGCAAGAAACACACAACUAAUUAGUCAAAUCAGAACUAGGUUUGAAAGGGCUGUACAAACCUUAAAGAACAGUCUAUUAAAAUGAUUUUGUUUUAGGAUUAUAUAGUUUACAUAUUGUAUAUAAUUAUCUUAUGAUAUUGUUCAUGAUAUGCAUGCAAUUAAUAUUUUGAUGAACAUUGUCUGUCAGUGUGUCAAAUAUUUGUAUGUGUGUAUAAUAUCUAACAAUAAUUAUACUUGUCCAAAUGACACAUUGAGUAAACACAAAAUGAACCAGUAAUAAAAAGAUUUAAGCAUUUGAAAUUUAAGAAUAGCCUGAUCAAAAAGUCCAAAUCAACAUUGAAAUAAGCAGCUUACCAAAUUUUCACUUCAACCUAAGCCAGGACAGACUACUCACCAAACAUUGUCAAUCAAUUUUUAGUACAUCCAUGAGAUCAACAUAAUUGACAUUAAUCUACCUUAUACUUUGGGACAGGGCAGAAUGUCCUGAACUGACAUGGUCAACUUGUAUUUUCAAUGUCCAUCUUGAAAUGGUUCCCUUUCCCUUCAUGUACAGUUCAGUUUUAAGAACUAGUUUCACAGUGAUGAAAACUUCCAACCUUAGAAGUUUCAUCUGCA